CCGUUGAGGCUGCAGCUUCGGAAGCGGCAUGGCGGCCGCAGGCAUGAAGAGGAAACAGAAGCAGCAGCAGAAGCAGCGGGGGCUCACGGCUUCUGCCGCGGGGGCUGGGCCCAAGAGGCGCAAGCUUCCUGCUGCAGAGGAGAAGGCCUGGCAGAAAGCUGGCUCCAAGUUGAAUGAGGAGAUCUCUAGUGAUUCAGAACCAGAGAGUCCAGCAAAGAAAAAGAACAAUGAAGCAGAAGAGGAGAUUGAAGAGACAGCACAAGAGAAGAAACUAAGAUUAGCAAAGUUAUAUCUGGAACAACUUCGACAGCAAGAAGAGGAAAAGGCUGAAGAAGAGGCCUUUGAGAAGGACCUGGUUGCAGGGCGGUUGAAGGAAGAUGUGCUUGAACAGAAGGGAAAAUUGCAGCGACAGAUUGCAAAAACUUUGCAGCCUCCAGACAGUUCUGACAUCAGGAUACUGCGAGGUCACCAGUUGCCCAUCACCUGUCUGGUCAUCUCACCAGAUGAUAAAUAUCUCUUCUCUGCAGCUAAAGACUGCUCCAUCAUCAAAUGGGAUGUAGAAAGUGGGAAGAAGCUGCAUGUGAUCCGCGGAGGCAAGAAGGGGACAGAAGACAGUCACGUUGGGCACACGGCACACAUCCUCGCCAUGGCCAUCUCAUCAGAUGGCAAAUACUUGGCGACAGGAGACAGGAACAAGCUCAUCAUGAUCUGGGAAGCCACCACGUGCAGCCACCUGUACAAGUUCACCGGGCAUCGUGAUACCGUGUCGGGCCUGUCUUUCCAGAAAGGCACGCACCAGCUGUACAGCGCCUCGCACGACCGCUCCGUCAAAGUGUGGAAUGUGGCCGAGAACGCCUAUGUGGAAACCUUGUUUGGACAUCAGGAUGUGAUCACAGGACUGGACAGUCUGGGCCGGGAGUGCUGCGUCACAGCAGGAGGGAGGGACGGCACUGUCCGAAUCUGGAAGAUCCCUGAGGAGUCCCAGCUCGUGUUCUAUGGGCACCAGGGCUCUAUUGAUUGUAUUCAGCUGAUCAAUGAGGAACACAUGGUGUCUGGUGCAGAUGAUGGGUCCAUAGCCCUCUGGGGUAUCUCAAAAAAGAAGCCACUGACCAUGGUGAAGCAAGCCCACAGUUGCCACGGCAUGCAGGGCCUGGAGCAGCCAUAUUGGAUCUCUUCAGUUGCAGCCUUGCUGAACAGUGACCUCGUAGCCACAGGUUCGCACAGUGGCAGUGUGAAGUUGUGGAAGUGUGCACAGGGAUUCCGGAAGCUGGAGCCAGUCUUUGAGAUUCCCCUGGUUGGCUUUGUAAAUAGCUUGAAAUUCUCAAAUUCUGGAAACUUUCUGGUUGCUGGAAUUGGACAAGAACACAGGUUGGGUCGCUGGUGGAGGAUCAAAGAGGCCAAGAAUAGCAUUUGCAUUAUCCCUCUCAAGAAAACCACAGCAGGCAACACACAGAUAUCUGGUGAAGGCUCCUAAUCUCUCUCUCUGAAAACAACUUUCUUGAAGGCUUGAGUUAACUUGUACAUUAAAACUAGUUUCUCUGUUUGUAAA